CUGCAGCGCCGGGUGCUUAUUUUCCUGGAGAAAAACCGUGAUCUUCGGGGAAUUUUUUUUUUUUUUUUCAAUCAAAAAAUUAAAGGCAGGGGGUAGCCUCUCUUGCACGCAGCGGUGAGAGGAGGGCCCCGGCCCGGCCCGGCCCUACCGGGAGGAGCUCGCCCGGCCCCUGCGGGGCCACCGGGGGUCUCUGGGCGAGGGUCCCAGGGCCUCGGGGCCGGCCCGGGCCGGGGGCUGCAGAGGGGCAGCGCAGCUAUUGCACAGUAGAAAAUCAUGGGAAAUUUUAAAGGCCAUGCCCUCCCUGGAAGCUUUUUCCUUCUUUUUGGCUUGUGGUGGUCAGUGAAGUACCCCCUAAAGUACGUCUGCCGAAAGAACAAGAGCGCUUGCUACCUGGGUUCCAGGGCAGGAUUUCAGCGCCUGGAAUUUGUUGAGGGAAUCAUCAAAGCUGUCUUUGCUCUGAUUGGAAUGGUGGCUGAGCAAUUUGUUCCCGAUGGACCUCACCUGAAAUUGUAUAAUUAUGAGGAAAAGCACUGGGAUCACUUGAUGAACUGGCAGCACGCCACUAUGUAUCUCUUCUAUGGCAUUUCAGGCUUAGUCGACAUUGUGGCUCACGGUACUAAUGCGUUGCCAGUGGCCAUGGACAGGAUGAUGCUUUCGUUAGCAGUUUUUAUUGAAGGUUUUCUCUUUUGCUACCACCUUCAUGGGAGAGCCAUGCUGGAUAUUCAUGUUCAUCAGUUACUGCUGUUUGCUAUCUUUGGAGCUGCUGUUUGCAUAUUUCUGGAAGUUUUCUUCCGUGGCAGUAUUGUACUCGAGAUGCUUCGAACAAGCCUCUGCAUAUUACAAGGCAGCUGGUUCUGGCAGAUUGGCUUUGUUCUUUAUCCUCCAAACGGGAGCCCAGAGUGGAAUCAAACGGAUCAUACCAAUAUGAUGUUCCUGACCAUGUGCUAUUGUUGGCAUUAUGCUUUUGCUUUUCUUAUACUUGCAGUAAAUUACACAAUUGUCAGCUGGGCAGUUCGGUCAAAGAUUAAGCAGUCCCAGUCCAUGGAAAUGGGAUUACUGAAAACAUCUGAAAGAGAUCAGGAGUCAGAAGAUGAAAUCUAGUAUGAAUAUGGCUUGAUUAGUUUACCCACCCUACAAUUAGGCUAACUGAUACCUCAUUUUUCAAUUUGUUUACCAUCUUAUUCACUCUUUAAUGCUACUUGCUAUGCAAAUAUCAUCCCCUGAGUAGAGUAUACAUCUACAGAAUUAGAUCUUUAUUUGCAGAAGGUAAACUUGGUAUUGAUUUGUGUUGGUUCCUCUAGUACCUUACUUAUCACAUGCUUCAAUGAAAAACAGACAUUCAGCAAACUUGAACUGGGUGAGGUGGCAUUACCAAGUCUGUGUUAGACUCAUUAAAACCUUAGCAAAAUAGUUUCCAUCUGCUGCUGAACAAAUGGUUGUUUCCAUAAUUAGGGUGUCCAAAUAAGUGCGUUUGUUGAACUGCAAAUAACACAGUGCAUAAACAACUCUGCAGACCUGGAAAAGAGUAGAACAACACAGAAAAUCAUAGUCUUGCAGCUGUCUUGUAAAGCACGUUUGUGUCUUUGCUUGUGGCUUUAUGUUAAAUGGAAAGAACUACUCACAGCAAAGACCUUCAACAUUUCCUUGAAGAGUGUGCUGUGUGUUCACUCCCAAGCUUCUGAAGGAGGACCAGAGGGGUGUAUGGUAAUUAAAAGCCACUGCGUAUUCCCUCCCUUGCCUAGAUGGUCCUGUACACUGCUGCAUGGUGAGCACUGGGAGGGCAGAGGUUUCCCUCAUAGUUGCUCCAUGUCUGGCUGGCCACAGCACUCUCUCAAUAAUGACAAAAAAAUAGUGGUUUUUUAUUAUUAUUAUUGUAUUUAUUUUUUUUCCACUGAACAAGCUGAAGCCAAGCCCAGGGUGCACUCCCCAGCACUCAGUCUCACUUGGGACAUGCUCCAACCUCCACAAAUGCAGAAGUGAAAUAACUGAUACGUGGCAGAAGACGGCAGAAAAAUGAUGCUGUGUGUAAGCACACUGCCCUCAUGGGGCGGUCUCCUGCCGCCUGGCUCUUGCUCUCCUGAAGUCUUGCAAAGCCUGGCCUCAGCAGCUGGGCAGCAUAUGCUCCAUUUUUAAGGGUCUGCUGAUGGCCAUGAGCCAUGUUGCGUGGCCAGAUGUGGUGAGAUGGUUGUUCUGGAAAAUAGCUUCUUCCCUUUAGAAUGCAUCUAAUAAAAUACUAUUUUCUUAGUUGAUGGUGCAGGAUGACUUCUGUUUAAACAACACUGGGCUUGGUGCUGCAGAAGUGUUCCUUCUAUUAUUCUGCCAUUUCCAUAUUCUCUUACGGGAAUGCAGGACUGGACUCUGGUAGAUGAAUCAGAAUCAUUGGGUCUAGCACCUCCAGUUUCCAGUUCACCUAUGUUUUUUUCAGUGUGAACCAGAAGAAUGAGUAGUAUAAAACUACUAAUUGCAGUAAGCUGUUUGCUUGAAAAAAUUAGAAAAAAAAGUAGUUUGUAGCUCAAAGGGAUCUCAGGACUCAGAAAAAAAAAAUGCUAAAGGCUUUUUCUAAAGCUAUUUCACCUUCAAGGCAACGUAAAUUUUCACUUCAUUUGUAGGAUUCCCCCUUUUAUCUUUUCUUUUCAGAGGACAGCUUUCCUUAGCUGUAUGUGCUGUUAAUGCUGAAUUUUAGCCAUACCAAUGCCUCUUUAAAAUAAGUAGGGUCAUUUAUUCUGAAGGAGAUCUUCAGAAAGUACUUUGCUUCUCAUAGGCAGAAACAACACAAGUUUUUUCAGUGCUUUUCUUGAUAAAUCCGUGUAAUGCUGUACAAAUAUUAAGGUGCUGUAUAUCUAAACUAAAGGGAAAAUCUAAGCAGGAAGAAAGCAUGAUAAACUGGUAGAGCUUUAAUGUGUCUUCUUAGAAGACUUCAGUUGGUCAUUUUUUAAAUUAUUUUAGAUCUUUGCCAAGUAUCAUGAAAUGACACUUGUAAGUAGGUGUCAGAUUAUCUUACUGAUAUAUUUAGAUUAUAUCUACUUUGGAAAGCAAGAAUAGAUGGCUCUGUGUUUAAAAAUGUAAACUGGAAAACUAUAUAUAUAUAGCCAAAUACCACCAUUUUGUCUUAAUAUUUGUUUGCUCUUCUUUAAAACCUUUCUCUGAAGGAUCUUGAAGAUUUUGGCAAACUUUAAUGAAGUCUGUCUCAGGACAUCCUUGUAAGCUAGGUAUCAGUAUGGCAUUUUUGUAGGUCUGUGUCUCAGUUUUGCAUUGGUCUUAUGGCAAAUGCUGAAUUAAUGGAUAUUUACUUCCCUCUGCAAGUCUAAGUCUUGAGUUUCAUUACUGCAGUUCCAUUAAAAUAAAAUUUUCCAUUGGCACAAUAUAGAAGGAAGAUCCAUCAGUUUGCUGAGGAGCUUGCCUGGUAAUAGCAGCAUUGGCCAAAUGCAGCAUGUCAUUACACCUGGCUGUUAUCUGGUAUUUAUUGCACUACACCACUGUUGUCACUACGUUGUUGAGGGAUUUUUUUGAGGGCAGAUUUGGUUCCUGUUAGAAUGGUAGGGGUGUAAAUCUUGCUGAGAGUUAUCCCCUGCAUCUCCCUAUGUCGCUCCAUGGUGAAUCUCCCAUAAAUGAUCAGAGGACUGGACAAAUAAGCCCACUAGACACAUCUGCUAAUUGUGGUGCAACCAUGCCUAGCAAAGACGCCCCUGAAGAAGCCCAGUCAGGAGGUGAAUGCAGUCUGUGACCAAGAACUAUAGGACAUGCUGUUUCCAAAACCUCAUUGUGUAAGAGAAGGUGGCAUUCUACUAUUAGACUUGAAGAAAUGCAAAUAAAAGCAGGUCCUGAAGUCUUAAAGAAAGAACAGUCUCUUGGAUUUGAUUUUUAACAUGUAGAGGACAUGCAGAGUGAGCGUUACACUGUUGUUCUGUGCCUCAUGUUUUCAGUACCACCAAGGACAGAAACAACCCAUUCCAUGCUGGAGUUGAAUGAGUGGAGGGAAGUCUGACAAGUUUACAAACGCCACUCAGAUCAAGGUAGCUGCUCUCAAGAGAACUUAAAUUAUUGUUAAAUGUUGGUGCCUUUAAAAACUAAAUGGUAGUGUGUAAUAGAAAAUAUAUGCCUGUAUUUUUAUUUAAAUAAAAUCAAUUUAUUCAUCUAA